AUGCCUGAUGAUUGGAAUACAUCUGUUAUCUGUCCCCUACAUAAGAAAGGCGACAUAUUGGAUUGCAAUAAUUACCGAGGCAUAUCUCUCUUGAACACCGGUUAUAAAGUUUUUGCCAAUAUGCUUUUUAAUAAACUAAAGCCAUAUGUAGAAUCCAGCUUGGGAGAGUAUCAGUGUGGGUUCCGUCCAAACAGGUCCACAGUAGACCAAAUCUUCUCGCUUAGGCAGAUCCUUGAAAAAACGUUUGAGUACAACGUGAAUACUCACCACCUUUUCGUAGACUUUAAGGCUGCCUAUGACAAUGUGCACAGAAGUUUCCUGUACCAGGCUAUGAUGGAGAUUGGCAUCCCAACAAAGCUCGUGCGCCUGACGGAGAUGACUCUUAGAAACUCUCAGAGCGUUGUUAGAGUUCAAACAAAUGUAUCAGAGCCCUUCAGAACCAAUGACGGCUUAAGACAAGGGGAUGCGCUCUCGUGCCUACUGUUCAACAUCGCUCUCGACAAGUGUAUUCGCGACUCAAAGAUCGAGACCAAAGGCACUAUCUAUCACAAAUCUGUUCAAAUCCUAGGAUAUGCGGAUGACCUCGACGUGAUAGGAAGAUCUCUACCUGCAAUGGAGAGUGCAUACCUUGCUCUUGAAAAAUCAGCUGCGGAGGCUGGUCUCCAAGUUAACAUGGCUAAGACUAAGUACCUGAAAGCGUCAAAAGACCAGCAAAUUCUACUACAAGGAGUUAAUAUUGGCAACAACACCUUCGCUAGGGUCAAUGAUUUCGUAUACCUGGGAUCCUUAGUAACCGAUAACAACGAUGUGUCUUCAGAAAUAAGUAGGAGAAUAAUGGCGGCUAACAAGUGCUACUUCGGACUACUAAGAUACUUACGUUCGAAACUUCUUUCAAGAAGCAUAAGCAGAAGCAUUCUCUUGUACAAAACCUUACUAAGACCUAUACUCACCUACGGUUCCGAAUGUUGGGUGCUGAGCAAAAAAGACGAAAACUCCUUGUUAGUAUUUGAGCGGAAAAUACUAAGACGCAUUUUCGGAGCUGUGAUGGAAAAUGAGAGAUGGCGAACGCGUUAUAACCACGAGCUAUACCAAAUGUAUGAUGAGCCAAACGUAAUUAAGACCAUAAAGAUCGGACGCCUGCGUUGGGCAGGGCACGUGUUGCGAAUGGACGAGGCCAGAGUACCCAAACGCUUUUUAGAAGGCCGACCGGAGGGCCGCAGAAGUCGAGGCAGGCCCAAGCUCAGAUGGUUGGACGGCGUAGAACAAGAUAUCAAGAUCUUGGGAAUAACAAGUUGGAGAAGGAAAGCCUCUAACAGAUCGGACUGGAGAGCUUUGCUGGACCAGGCUAAGGCCCACCCGCGGCUGUAA